UCCCUGCGUAGUUUUGAGGAAGGAGAACAUCUCUCUCUGAAGAAGUAGGACAUCCACUCGGCUCUUUCUCCCGACACUGAUGUGUAGUUGACCUGUUCGGGAGCAGAGACCCACUCGGAUCGGUACAGGGCAUUGCUGGUCCGACGACAUGAGGUUUUCGGCGUUGAUCUCGAUCCUGCGGUCGGUCGGCCCGGUGGUGAUCGGUAUCUCUUUAGGGUUUACUCUGAGUUUACUCAGUGUGAACUGGACGGAGGAGGCAUGUCUGUCGGACGGUAAAGAUGGUGAAGACGUGACUCUGGGUCAAGAUGGACAGCUGAAAGGAGCCCGAAAACCCAACUCCAUAUCGACUGUCAACGAGGUGGAGUCCGAGUCGGAUUUUGAGCCGAGGAUAGUCCCAUAUAAACAAGUCCAGCAGAGUACCCCGAAGAAAGUUUUCAGGUAGGCUUCUGUGUGACAGAGACACUCCAGUCCACAGGGUUUAGUCCACAGGGUUCUUCUGUCCCAGCUUCAGAAACCAGGGCAGGACGGGCCUCAGUGUGGCCCAUCCACUGAAGGAUGUUUUUACUGUGUUUGGUUUACAUGUGAGGCAGAGCAAUAAAAUAAACCACAAUAAUGUCAAUGUUCUCUUUUCCCUGUCUGUGGAUUUAAACAGAAAUAGAGAGAUCUUGUUUGUAUUCUGGUUCAGUUUGUGCCAUGUGUCCAAGCCUCAGGAUCCCUGUCCAGCAUAUUUCCUUGUAAACAGACAGAGUUUCUAAUUCCUGCUUGUUUUUCAUGAGUUCACAGUCUGAGGUUUACUUGUGGAUAGUGUUUGCAGUGUUGAGAAAGACUUUGGGAAAGGGUACGAUCAAGAAUAACGACGGCUGUUGUUUAGUUUUAUUUUUGAAUCAAGUCUUCUUAGUUUAUUAAAUGAGAGUUUUGUUUAUGGAUAGAACAGAAAAGGUUUUUCUUGGUCAUGUUCAAGUAGAUUUAUCAAACCCAAGUCUUAUGUGUAAUACAGAAAUAAAAAGACUGUAUAGAUAUAAAGAUAGUUUGAGUGAAGGUUAUUGAUACGGUGCAGUUUUAUCGAGGUGGGGUGGUGGACCGCGAUGAAUCAUGGUUCAAGUCUUUGCAUGUUUACUUUUCCAUGAGACAGUGAUAGAAUAUUAAUAUCCAUAUUCAGUUUUCUUUGUAGCUUUGAUUCAUCAUUUAUGAUCAAUUAUUUACCUUCUUUUAAACUAUUAUUUUGAGUCAUUCUAACGACCACCAAUGUCAGAGUUUAUCAAUAAACGGUGUCAUUAAGUUUACAGAAAUGAAAUGGUCCAAGUUUGUUUCUAAGUUGUUGAAAGUUUAACGGUAGUAACUCAGUAACGUCUCUUUGUCCUUUCAGAGCGAAAUACAUAAGCACAGAGCUGGGGAUGCGAGAGCGUCUGUUUGUCGGGGUCCUGACAUCCAAGAACACCAUCAAUACCCUCGGUGUAGCUGUCAAUCGCACCAUCAGCCACCACCUUGACACCGUGAUCUUCUUCACCGGGAUGCGCAACCGCAAAGUUCCUCACGGCAUGUUUGUUGUCGCUCACGGAGACGAGAGGCUGAUAUGGAACAUGUUCCAGAAUAUCAAAUACAUCUUAGAUCAUUACAUCAACGAGUACGACUGGUUUUAUUUUGUCCAAGAUGAUGCCUACACAGAAGCUGACAGGAUUAAAGACCUAGUCGAUCACCUUAGCAUGGACCGAGAGCUUUAUCUGGGCAAACCUGAAGAGUUCAUCGGGGGGAAGAUGGAGGGGAAGUACUGCUACGGAGGGUUCGGGUACCUCCUGUCACGGACCUUGCUCCUCCGUCUUCAGCCCUUCCUGGAAAACUGUAGGAAUGACAUCCUGAGUGCAAGACCUGAUGAGUGGCUCGGGAGAUGCAUCAUUGAUUAUACAAACAUAAACUGUGUCAAUGAAUACGAGGUAGGUCCACUUCAUGAUGUCUCUUUUCAAUAAUAAAUACAGGAUUGAUUCAUUAACUUGAGGGGAACACAGUGAAGCAGAUUAUGGAGAGAAACAAUGAAAAAAAAAAAAGGAACCCUGCUGUGAGAGCAGCUCUGAGACAGGUUACAGCAGCGUUUCCUCAAAAAUCUGUCAUGGUGAAGACAGCACUCAAAACUGACCAGCUGUAGAGACCUGUAAUUACCACGCUAAGCCUGAGGUGGUAUUUAUAUCUCAGGGUAGAUUGCUAAUACCCUCCAGGGUUUGAGUUUUUCUCACAGCUCCAGCAGAAAAGCUCGAAUAUGUAAACAGGCAGGCAGAGGACAGCUGAGUUCAGUCUUGCUUGGGUUCAAUUGUGUGAAAAUCCCCUGUGGGUCAACAUGCUCUGCCCCUAUAAUGUCAUUAGCACUUAAGGUCAAACAAGCUCUGUAGAGCCGUGAUCUGUCCCACUGCCCUUUCAGGAGAUCGUUUAUUACACUCAGCAUUAUUUGUUUUUUGUUCUGUAACCAUGCUAACACUACUUCACCAUGUUCACGUGUUUUUCUGUGGACUUAUCUCACGGUGUUUGGCUUCCAUGUUCUUCUUUCUUUGCUGUGUCGUAGAAAGCUUGUCCUCUAACUCCAGUAAAGUCCCGUCUGUGUGAGCGAUAUAGAGGACAUCCUAAUAAAAGAAACAUGUGGAGUAAUUUUGUAAAAGAAAGUUGACGACAUGCUUCGCUGUAGGUGCUCUUACAGGCAGUAAUCUGUUAGCAAACAUGAGAGACGGAGCCGCCGAGUCUCCACUCUUUCUCUUUUAAUAGCUUGAUCAGAUUGGAUUCACUUUUUUUAAUCACUCAAGCUCCUUAGGUGCCGACUCUUUUCAGCUGAAAUAGCUGUGUCUGUAUGUGAGAUACAGGGUUCAAGUGUCAGCCAUUUAUUUUCAAGGGCUCUACUCAGAUUUCCUCAAUGGGACCUUUUAAGUUUAUAUUCAAAGCAAUGAAAUAAAUUUAAGUAAAGUAUUCAAACAAAUAUAUUUCCUGAUAACGACCCAGGAUAUGAGGGAAACAGAACUUGAGUUUUACAACAGGAUGUCCUAUUCCCUUCAAAAUAAACCAGGGUUUUUGUAGUACAGAUGAGCCCAGGAUAGCAGACGAUGUUUGUUCAGAUGAAAGAAGUUAAGUUUGAGAUAACACCAGGCCUGUUUUUUCAGACGUCUCAUUUAAAGACCCUCUUUUCUUCUCAGGGGCUGGAGUAUCACCAUUAUGAGUUAGGAAAAAACGCUGAUCCCAGUAAAGAGCCCAGUGAACAGUUCAAGAGAGCUCUGGCCGUCCAUCCAGUGUCUGACCCUGAGCAGAUGUACCGGCUGCACAGAUUCUUCACUGAGAUUGAACUCCAGAAGACUUACGAUGAGAUCGCUAAGCUGCAGGUAAGCUGAUUUCCAAGUGUAACAAACCACUAACGGCUCGAGUCAAAGUCAAAAACGGACUUUUCUCUGCUAACUGCUGUCGUAUUUUCAACUAAAUACAAGAUUUGCACAUUUAAUAUUGGAAACUGUCCAUAUCAGAUCAUUUAUCUUGUUCCUACAGGCAGAAAUCAUAAAUGUCAGUGUAGUUGCUUAUGAUGGAAACCGAAGUGCCCAGUGGCCCGUGGGGAUCAAUCCGCCUUUUGAGCCAAAGUCUCGGUUUGAAGUUUUGAAGUGGGAACAUUUCACCGAGGAGGAGAUAUACUUGUGUAUCGACGGCUCCCCAAAAUGUGAACUUCGUGGCGUCGAUCGCAUGGAUGUUGCUGACGUCAUCGGCACGGCCAUGGGAGAGCUGAAUAAGAAGUACAAGCCUGUCCUACACCUGAAGAAGCAGCAGCUUAUUAAUGGAUACAGGCGCUUCGACCCGAUCAGGGGCAUGGAGUACACCUUGGACCUUCAGCUUGAGGUAGUCAACCAAAAAGGUUAUAGUCGUUCAAUCACCAAGCGGGUUCAUCUGGUGCGACCUUUGAGUCGUAUUGAGAUCAUCCCCAUGCCCUACGUAACUGAGGCUACGAGGGUUCAUAUCAUCAUACCUCUGACGCUUCAAGACCGCUCCUAUGUCAACCAUUUCCUGGAGGUUUUCGCCUCUAAUGCUUUUGAGACGAGUGAAAACGCCAUCCUUACGUUCCUGUUUAUUUAUGACCCAGUGGAGGCGCAGCAGGUGAAUCAAAACGAUAUAUUUGCCAGCGUGAAGACUCAGAUAAAUGUUUACGAACACAAAUACCCAACUGUAAAGAUCCCCUGGAUAAGUGUCAAGACAGAAACCCCGUCCCAGAUCAAGUACAUGGACAUCAUCUCUAAGAAGCACCCAGUUGACACGCUCUUCUUCUUAGCCAACGUCAACACAAACAUCAGCCCGGAGUUUCUGAACCGCUGCCGCAUGAAUUCCAUCAACAAUUGGCAGGUGUUCUUCCCCAUCCACUUCCAGGACUUUAAUCCUGACGUAGCCUAUCACAACCAGCAGCAUCCCGUCACAGUUGACAUGGUCAAGGAAGCGGGCCAUUUUGACCGCAGGUCAUUUGAAGAAGCGUGUUUUUACAACUCGGACUACAUGGUGACUCGCACACGCAUGGUGGCAGACGUGCAAGAGAACGAGGAGAUUCUAGAAACCCUGGAUAUCUACGAGAUGUUUGUGAAGUAUUCAGGUCUACAUGUAUUUAGGGCAGUGGAGCCGGCAUUACACCAGCAGUACAGGUACCAAGAAUGCAAUCCACGACUCAGUGAAGACAUCUAUCAUAGAUGUGUUCAGAGCAACAUGGAGGGUGUGGGUUCCCGCUCCCAGCUCGCCAUGCUUCUGUUUGAGCAAGAGCAAGGAAACAGCACUUGAAGUCCCCAGUGAGCCGAGGGUUGAAGUAUUUGGUUGAAUCUGUGUGUUUGUUGAGAUGACUGUGCCUAAAAUUCUCCAUUCUCCAUUUCAUCAAGGAUAUUUAUAUUUGUGUGAGACGCUCUCCAGCUCCUCGACCAAAACGAAUGCAGUACAGUUCAAAUGUAACCGUUUCUUCAGUGUUUACGAUACUCCUUCAUACUGCUGAAUGGCUGGAACCCAAAUAAUUCUCUGAUACUUUGGCCUCUAAAAACUGUGUAAGGUUAUUUUAAACCACUAGGUGGCAGGCACUCACACGAUUAGAGCUUGGUAUCAUGCGACAUGAAUUUCAGUGCAAACAGGACUCAGAGAAGCCUGUAUAUUUGAUCUUUCCACAAUCCACUGUUGGUCUGAUAUCUGGUCCAUCCACCCUUGAAAAUAACCUUCUUACCUUGAAAGGUGCGGUGGCUUUAGGUGUGUUUUCUGUGGGUUGAACUAGUUAAACAUCAUCGAACUGAAAUGACAAAGUUUGUGGUUUUCAGCUAAAUUCAAGCACAUGUAAAAAAAAACAGUCCUCUAAUGUAACAUUGACAUCCAAGAUAUUGUAAAUUGAAGUUUAAAAAGACCCAACAAAUGUAAAUGAUUCUAUUGCACAGCAGGUAGUGAGUACUUCAUGUAAAGUCACUGAAACACGCUCUUUUAUAUUUAUUGAUUUAAGUAUUUACAAAAAUCGUAUUUGUGCCUUCACACUAACAUAGCAUAUGCUGACUGUUAACAGACUCCUCCUCUAAUUACAGCAUGAAAAAAAAAAGACUGAAAACAAAUAAGUGAGUGUCAAAUAUCCUCUUUCAGUGCAGAUAUAGCCUGUUACAUAGCUGAGAGAAAAGGUUGUGAUUCCUCAAACAUGACUCGGCUUGGUGUGAACCAUCCACAGGUGGAAAAGUGCCUUUAAAUGUAGGGACUGUUCUUCAGAUAGUUUCUUCUAUUUGUCUUAAGAGAUUACAGAUGCUAAGGUGUUGUAAGUUAGUGAAGUUGCAGAAUUAUGUAAGUGGAUGAAGGUAGGGGGAGUUUCAGCGCUCAGCCCUGAAAUGUUAUAAACUGUGUAUAACAGGUGUGUCAUUCCUUCACAGCAGUAAGGUGAACUUUUUAACAGAGCUUAAUAAGUCAUUAAAGGAGGAAUGAAAUGAAAACAUGUUUCACCUGCUGCAGAGGACAAUUUUAUAUCAGGAGUAUUUUGGAUUCAUUUGCUAAUCGGUUGAGUUGUCCUCAAAUUCACUAGUUCACUUCUCUGGAAAGAACUGCAGACCAAUGGGAGUGUUUUUCUGUACUUUAUAUAUAUAUGUAUAUAUAUAGAUAUAUGUAUAUAUAUGUUACAAAACCCAAUUCCAUUGAAGUUGGGACAUUGUGGUAAACGUAAAUAAAAUCAGAAUACAAUGAUUUGCAAAUCAUUUUCAACCUAUAUUCAGUUGAAUUCACUACAAAGACAAAAUAUUUAAUGUUCAAACUCAUAAACUUUAUUUUUUUUGUAAAUAAUAAUUAACUCAGAAUUUCAUGGCAGCAACACGUGACAAAGUAGUCUUGGACAGCGUCAUGUUUACCUCUGUGUUCCAUCACCUUUUAACAAACUCAAUAAAUGUUUGUGAACUGAGGAGACGAACUGUUGAAGCUUUGAAAGUUAAAUUCUUUCCCAUUCUUGUUUAAUGUUCAGCUUCAGUUCUUCAACAGUCCAGGGUCUCCGUUGUCGGGCGACAGAUCUGGACUGCAGGCAGGCCAGUCGAGUACCCGCACUCUUUUACUACGAAGCCACGCUGCUGUAACACGUGCAGAAUGUGGCGUGGCGUUGUCUCGCUGAAAUAAACAGGAAGGGCGUCCAUGAGAAAGACGUUUCUUGGAUGGCAGCAUCUGUUGCUCCAAAACCUGUAUGUACCUUUCAGCAUUAAUGUUGCCUUCACAGAUGUGAAAGUUACCCUUGGGCACUAAUGCACCCCUAACAGUCCAGAUGGUUCUUUUCCUCUUUGGCCCGGAGGACGCGACGUCCACUAUUUAAAAAAAAAACAAUCUGAAACGUGGACUCGUCAGACCACAGAACACUUUUCCACUUUGCAUCAGUCCAUCUUAGACGAGCUCGGGCCCAGAGAAGCCGGCGGCGUUUCUGGAUGUUGUUGAUAAACGGCUUUCUCUUUGCACAGUAGAGUUUUAACUUACAGAUGGAGCGACAAACUUUAUUUACUGACAGUGGUUUUCUGACGUGUUCCUGAUGAGCAUUCCUCAAAUUUCUGUCUUUUUUGCACCUUUUCCAACUUCUUUGUCACGUGUUGCUGCCAUCAAAUUCUAAAGUGAAUAAUUAUUAGCAAAAAACAAAUAACAUUUAUCAGUUUGAGCAUUAAAUAUCUUGUCUUUUUAGUGAAUUCAAUUGAAUGUGGGUUGAAAAGGAUUCGCAAAUCAUUGUAUUCUGUUUUUAUUCACGAUUUACGCAUCUUCACAACUUCAUUGGAAUUGGGUUUUGUAUUAUAUAUACAGUAUAUUAUGUUUUAUUAUAUAUAUAUUAUAUAUGAAUGAAAAAUGUGCAAUAUUGCUUUAUAGUGAUAAGAUGCCUGGAAGGGUGUCCAAAAGAGGACAGACAGGACAGCGGUGUUUUUGUGGUACUUCUGGUCAUGGCGGUCAAUCGGUACUUCCUGUUAGAUGUAAAGUUUAUACACUGUUUUCUGUUAUUUCUUUGACACAUCCUUUAAUGUAAUUCGCUGACACUAGACACUUUGAUAAUUUAAUUAACUUGACACAGAUACAGUAAGGAUAAGUCCUCUCUAAACUUCGUGUUGGCAGUAUUCUUUGCCGUGUGAGUUCAGAUCACCGAGGUCAGAUAGUUUCGCCUUUUGCAAUGAUUUCCUAACAUCUCCUUCUUAACGGAAGAAAUCUCCACCAUGACAGAACUCAGCUGAUGUUGUAACAACGGUUUCCUUGAUUCUUUGGAGAGUCUGACGAAUAUUGUGCAGAAUUGGGAAUUGAUUAUAAGAAAACACUGUGAAGGAUCGAAGGCUGACAUACAUGUCAAUGAGAAGUUAUUCUGCUGAUCUGUAUCACCCCGGCCCAAUGGCGACAUGAUCGGUGAAAAGCAAUGCUAAUGUUUUAGAUUUAUUAGUAACAUAACCGCCACUGCUGAGCAAGUCUCACAGAGUUUGUCCAUUAUUUAUUUAUCCGUCAUUUUUCUAUGAAUUAUGCAGAAUUCAGGCUCUCGUGACAUCCUCAGUAGCCUGUGUGUCUGAAUAUUUGAAAGACUGUUUUGUAGCUUCUUUUUAUUGUGUUACUGAGUCAAAGUUUUAUACUUUACAAUAAAACCUACUGUAUCUGACUUUGUGCUUUAAAUCAUGCGAGGAAUUCUUUUAAGAAUAAUGUGGAUGGAGGCUGUGAUCUGUCAGUUUUCAGCAUUUAUGCAUAUGGUACGAGUGAAACCAAAGCAAUACGUAUGAACAAAUCCUCAUCACAAAGAAACGUGUGGUGGUAUUCCUAAUGAACUGUGAAUUAUUGUAAUUAUAAAUAAAGAUCUUUUUUUUAUGACAAACAUUUCUCUGUUUCCAGUCUGAAUUUCUGUGUGUGGGUCGAUCCUGUAGAUGUCAGUACAGGAGCGCGGGAGGCUGCCGUCUGCAGCAUGUGAGCUGGAUCACUGUGGUCUGCAUGGACCAAACAGAGCAGAGUAAUUGAAUCAUAUCUUAAUAUAAUCGGAUAUGUUUAUCUCAUCGUGUUUCCAGCCAGUGAUCAGUAGCGCUGCCGUUAAACAGUCCUUUCACUGUCAGCUCCUCAUGUAUGGGUUGUGUAAAAUCAGGGAAAACGUUACAACCAUAAUUACAGCUUUAGUUAUUUCAAGGGUCCGUACGCUCUGCCCUGAAGCGCGCUGUAAAACCACAUAAUAACAGAGGAACUCUGAGUUAAUUGUGAGUCUUUUUUUUUUUUUAGUUUUCUUUGACGUUUUAUUCCUGGACUUUCUUCUCCUGCAGGGAUGAAGUCCUAAGUCACCUGGACACUUGUGGUAAAACCGCUUUUUCCAUAUUUUUGUAAAAAUAAAAAACAAUUUAGGUUUUGCACUUAAGCUCUCUUUAAUAUGUAUUCCUUGUAAUUUACGGCUCGGUGAUAAAAAAUCUUUAAAUAGUCCAGAAAUUGACUGUCUGGUGAAAAGAAAAAACAGACACUAGAGAGUCACCUUGGCUCCAGAUUCAAGAGGCACUGGUCUUACCAAUCUAAACUUUAAUAGGUGUUGUGGUUACCAUACUUAACAUUUAUAAAACGUGUUCCAAGAAAGAAAACAAACAUGGUUUCACACUGCUGUACAAAUGAAAGGGAGUUUUGACACCAAAUCUGUUUCCAUCAGGAUGAAACACGGAUCUGUGUGUGUGCCACCCUCAUCUUAUUUAUUCUUCUUUUCAGCUGCUAGAAAAACCGUCUGCUCAAAAAGAGACGUGGCAGCAGAUAUCUAAAAUUUCUCAUCAGUUGUUCCAAUCAGAUGUUUUUUUUUUUUUUAAUGGAGAGUAAUCGUAAUAAACAAGCACAAACAGGCUGUAUUUCACAGUGCCGUAAAAAGAGGCAGGGAGGUCAGAGGCGUGAGGAAUGUCAAGCAUGUGAGCUACAUGUCGUGGCGUUGGGGAGUUUAGCCUUCUGUAACAUGGCCGACCUGUCUUUAACAGCACCUAACACAGACACAAGCCUCUUUGUAAUGGACCUGUCUGUGAUUUCAACCACUUUUGUACAGAGAAUCAUCAGGUUUUGCUCAAGAGUGAAGCCUAACAUAGUAUCAGAAUCAAAACACCGCAGAGUCGACCAUCUAAGCCCGGCUUUUCAGCGAGAAAGCAGCCGGUAUUCAUGUCAACACACCAGCCCCUGUGUGACUUGGCUGAGGAUAGCUACAAUUAUUGAUGACAGAGGAGAAGAUUGUUAUGCAUAGCCUGUACAGAAUGCCAUCAGAGACUGUGAUUGGGAACCUUUUGAAAAUGUCAAAGUGACACAUGAUUAUGAAUAUUAAACAGCCAUGUAUAGCCCAUGAUUAUUUGACAGGAGGAGGGGAUUUGACAGAUGGAGGACUGAGAAAUCACAUCAUGAGCUACGGUGAGGUGAAGACGACGCGGUAACAGAAGACAUCCUUUAAAUUAACCAGAGAUGGUAGUUUGUAAAGGUGAUCAUUAGUGAUGCAAAGCUUUACACAAAUUUACCAGACGGUCUUUAGAGGUUGAAAAAGGUGAGUAUUAUUCCACUGAGCAACACUAAAACUGGCUAAAAGUGCCGCAGCAUCACCUGGAUAGUUAGAAUGAUGAUCGACAUAUCCACCAAGAUGAAACAGUCUGUGAUAGUUUGUGAUAUUGCUUAUCUGCCCCUGUGUAACAGCUGUAUCUACUCUGGACGAUGCUCUUCUCUGUCCUCUGACUUUGUGAAAUGUAUAAAAGGAUGAUUGGACAUCGUACUAUGAAAGACUGACUUCUGUGUGCACAUCCAUCUCUGCUGUUGUGUCACUGUGUGGUUUUUCAUGACACUGAAUACAGAGAUAAGGACUUAUUGAAGGGUACCUGUGGACCAACUGACAUCAAGGUGAACCCAUGAGGAGUUUUUAAGGGUGGUAAAUGGGAUAACUUUACCCUGUACUAAGAAGCAAAAAGGGACUCUUUCUAUGGAGUCAACAGCUGCAGAGUCUUUACAAAUUAUAGUCAUUUUAUUUACACAUCCAGUUCUUUGGUUGUCAGGUCCAGCUUCUAUUUUUCCACUGCAGGAACUUAAGAGACCAUCAACAGUUGUUUUGUUGUUUUUGUAGUUUUCCUCAUGAUGAUUUGGAGCCGUGCUUCAGUUAGCUGGACUUUUACCGCCGUAACUGCGAAAGGCUGUUUGGGAAUCUAGGCUUUUUUUUUUCGUUUGUCUCACCAUCAUCUACAUUUAUUUAUUUACUUAGAUGCUGCUCAAGGUUUUUGCUUCUUAAAAUGAGUUUUUCCUUACCUAUGACAUCCCACACCAAAAAUAAGUUUACCUCGAGUACAGUUUACGGAGUAUACUGAAGUUCAUUCUAGUAUACUUCCUAAAGUAUACUUUGGUAUUUGCGCGCUGACUCUGAAGCAUAACUUAAAUUACUUUUGGUAUGCUAUUAUUUCAAUAGUAGUACAUAUUCAUGUACUUGGCUUGUACUACUUAUCUUUUUAGGGUAUACGCUUAAAAAGAUAUAUGGAAGUAUUCACUGAGGAAGUAUACUUAAACCCAAGGCACAAGUACAUACUUGAGUGUAUCUGGAUCAAACGUUUGAGUAUAAGUAUGGGUUAAAUAUAUUCAGACUUCAAGUUUAAUUCUUAGUACAAACCAAGAAUACUUGACAUUACCUUUUUUAUCAGUAUAUCUCUGAAAAGUGCAUCAAAAGUAAACUGAGAGCAUACUUAGUCCAAAAACAGUAAACUUGAAGUACUCUUCAACAUACUUCUGUUUGGUCAGGGAUUCUCUGUCUGCUACAGGUGAAUCUUAAUAACACUUUAAACUCUCAUUGGUUACCUUGUUUUUGACUUGAAGCUUCAUCACCAGUAGUAUAUGGAUGUAUUGAUAAUAUGAAAAUAACAUAAUGAAAAUGAUCGUCGUGGGACACGUGAAGACAAAGAUUAUAACAAACAAAUAUGGCGACAUUAACUCCUGCUCACAUACAGAGUGAGAAUGAAGAACAGAAAUGUGGUUAUGAUCCUGCAAUGACACACAAUCAGCAUGAGGAAUAACUCAAAUAUGAAUAAAUUUAACGACUAAAGUGUUUGAUGUCUUAAUGCAGAAACUGAAGGUAUAAAUCUCACCAUGACUUUAUGUGAUAAGGCUGCACGCACCAAAUAAAACUGAAUAACUGAGUGAAUAAUCUCAAAUCUGGACCUGACUGACACCGGCUGACAUGUUUCUGCUCUGGAGGAAUAAAGAAAAUCAAUGUCUGCUCUUCUGUCUUGAUUGUUCUACUCGGUUUUCUCACACAGUAAAGUUACAUGUCAUUUUUCAAUUGUGUAAAUCCAAACUGUCUGGGGGGAUAAACUGCAUAUCUCCGCCUCAAAAGUCCAUUCAGGAUCAGGUUAGGUGAAGCCAAAGGUUGUAGAUUGUUAAUUUCCUGCAGUGCAAAAGGGCAAGUGAGCCAGCUGACCUCCCAUAAAAAAACGACACACUAAAGGGGGAUUUAAUGUCUCCAUUUUUUCCUUUAUUUCAGAUUUGUCCAUCUCUGUAUCGUCGUUGUUGUUGCUCUGUCCCAAGCAUCAGGAUCAUGUUGACAGAUUAAAGCA